AUGGCAUCUGUAAUGCAAAAAGCAAAUACGCUCCGGGCUGCCCUGGGCAGAGGCAACGGAUUGUCUUUCGGAGCAUGGCAGAUGCUACCUGGUGCACAUCUAUCGCGAACGAUGGCACGAUCUGGCUUCGACUGGAUCCUGAUUGACUGCGAACAUGGCAACAUUGCUGACAACGAGAUGCACGAGUCUGUACAUGCAGUGGCCUCCUGCGGAGUGAGUCCUAUCGUACGGAUACCAGCAAAUGAAAGCUGGAUGGUCAAACGAGCUUUGGACAGUGGCGCACAUGGAGUGUUGGUACCACUGAUAUACAGCGCAGACGACGCGAAGCGACUUGUAGAGUCUACCAAAUUUCCACCUCGAGGCAAACGAGGGUUUGGAAGCCCUUUCUCGAUGGGCGCAUUUGACAGCAAGGGUGACCUGAGUGGCCUACAGUACAUGCAGAACGCCAACGACAACCUGUUGACGAUCAUUCAGAUUGAGACGGCCUCGGCUUUGGCUGAUGUUGAGAAUAUUGCCAAGAUUGAUGGUAUUGAUGUUCUGUUCGUCGGUCCCUGGGAUCUGGGCAACAACAUCGGCCAUCCUGUGCUUGGAGAUUUCGAUCAGGAGCUGAAGGACGCCAUUACUCGUGUGCGGGAGGCAGCCAAAGCAGCUGGCAAGUGGAGUGGUAUAUAUUGUCCCAAUGGAGAUGUUGCACGGAAGUAUGCAGAUGAGGGCUUCCAGAUGAUUUCGGUGAUCAACGACAUGACAGCGAUUCCAGUGUACAUGACUCAGUCUCUAAACACAGCCAAAGGCACAUGGGGCCACAGUGCUGCACAAGCUGUCAAGGGCGCUGCAUACGGUGCAGUAAACCUAGCUUCGAGGACGUCAGAGGAUAAGCCUUGA